GGGCCUGAGUUUAGAACAGUGUGUGAUCUCCCGCAAUUCCCUCUGUUGGUAUUCGAAGGGAGAACAGAGGACGCUACAGCUGUCUUUCUUCUGUGGUCAGCAUACCUUCUGCGAGGUAGCAGGCAGCCGCAGUGGACUCCAGAUGGCCAAGUACCAAGUGGAGCACCAGUUUAGCGUGGUAGGGGUCCUUGAAGAACUUACCCUCACCUACGCUGUCUUGCAGGAGUACGUCCCGAGGUACUGGGGCAACGCUUCGAUUUUCAUGACAAGGACUGCAGAACUGGGAAGUGAGGACCUGGAGAUCGCCAAUUACCUCAAGACAAUCCCCGAGGAAGUGCGCCAGUACCUGAGGGUGCUGCUGAAGGAAGAAAUCGACUUCUACCUCUUCGUCAGGCAGCGGUUGCAUCUCCAGGCAGCUUCACUCGGCCUCGCAAAACAGCUGUAUUGAGGGUCGGGAGAAGCUUCGCUGUUCAUGAGCUUUGUUUACUUUUCGCGUGUGUGUAUUUUGAUCGUUUUAAUUAUUAUUGUGAUUAAGAUUAUUAUCAUUAUAUUUCUUUUCCUGUUGUUGACUGAGUAAGUGCAAGUGUUGUUGAGUUAUUUCUUAUUCUUUCAAGUACAGAUGGAGGUGCCUUGUUUGACAU